UGUCCUGGCGACCCAUCCGGCCUCGGCUUGACCAUGCAGUCGCACUUUGCAGAGCGGGUGAAGGUCCACGUCGAAGAAGAGGUUUUCUUUGUGGACAAAGGUCUUCUGGUAGAACACAGCGAAUACUUCCGUGCGCUCUUUCAGUCCGGCAUGAAAGAGAGCACGCAGAAAGAGAUCCAGAUCCGGGAUCUGAGCGCCACGGGUUUCCUCAUCAUGUUGAAAAUCCUCGAGGGGGGUUACCCUACGCUGAGCUGCGAGGAGAACCUCCGGGCGGUGGAGUGCGCCUCCUUCCUGCAGGUCAAAGCCAUGGCCCGAUACCUGAUCAACUCCCUCAACUCUGACAACUGCAUCCUCUUGUACCAAGCGGCGGCCAUGUUUGGACUUCUGGACCUCUUCCACAGUGCCGCGCUGUACAUAAGGGACGGUUACUCCGACCUGGAAGAGUACUUGGAUUGCCUCUCUCCAGAACUUCUGGAUUACGUCGAGUCCCUGGUCCCCAGCACCUUUGUGGCCGUGGGAGCCCACACGCCCACUUUCGAGUUCUUGGAGGACCUCUCGCGAACCAUCUGCUACCUGGAUGAGGAGAAGAACGCCUGGAGGACACUAUCCUGUUUGCCGCUGAGAGCCAGCACAUUCCUGGCAGGUAUGGCCAUGAGGGAUAACAAGAUUUACAUCGUGGGCGGGGUCCAUGGUUACAACAAGCAGAUUGUGGAGCACAGCUUCUGCUACGACGCCACGGCCGACGCCUGGAGCGAGUUCUCCAGCCCGCAGCAGCUCCGCUACGAUAUCACGCUGAUGGCCCAUGAGGACUACCUGUAUGCCAUCGGUGGGGAAUUUGAGAAGACCCCGCUGAAGUCGGUGGAGAGGUUCAACAUGUCCACCGGCUCUUGGAGCUUCGUCUCUGACCUGCCCCAGCCAGCCGCUGCGGCCCCCUGUGCCCAAGCAAUGGGGCGCAUCUUCGUUUGUUUGUGGAAACCUCUGGACACAACCAUCAUCUAUGAGUAUGAGCCUCAGAAGGAUGAAUGGCUUCCUGUCUCGACCCUCAACAGGCCUCAAAGCUACGGCCAUUGUAUGGUAGCCCAUAGGGACAAUCUCUACAUUAUGAGGAACGGGCCCUUUGACGACUUCUUGCGCUGCGUGAUUGACUGUUUCAACCUCACCACUAAGCAGUGGACAUCUUUGCCGGGGCAGUACAUGAACAGCAAAGGGGCCCUUUUCACGGCCGUCAUCAAGGGGGACACGGUUUAUACGGUCAACAAGAUGCUAACGCUGCUGUACAGCAUCGAGGAGAAUACGUGGAAAUUCAAAAAGGAGAAGGCUGGGUUUCCAAGAAGCGGUUCUCUACAGACCUUCCUUCUCCUUCCGAGAACAGAUCACAGCAUUGCAACUUAA